CGAAGACGUUAUGCAGCUGCCAGUCAAAGGUUGUUUCAGCAGCCACGAAGCCGCUGCCAUGGCAAACUCGUCGCUGGCCAGGUCGAGUGAGGGCGGCGCCCGCCGCCGCGUGCCCUUCCCCGAGGUCGUGCCUCGACACCCCAGUCUCGCCGUGCCCUUGCCGCUCCUCCAGCAUUUGCGCGCCGACAGCCGCUUCGGCCGCACCGGCAGCGCCCAGCCGAACAUCGAGGACCGCCGCGGCGCCGGGGGGCCCGCCGAGGGGGAGCGGGCGCCGAGGACGCCCACGCCCCCCAUGCCCGAGAAGGCCCCGCGGGGCACCGCUGCGUCUCGGCGUCCCCCCCCCUCUCUCCUCUUAGGGGGCCACAUGCGGACCCUGCCCCCGCCCCCCACGAUUUCUGAGGGAGAGGGUGGGGGCUCACUUCGCAGAAGUCGUGGGGGGUAGGGGUAG